AAGAAAACCAACUACUACCAAAAGAUGGGUCGACGUGGCGAGCAUCUAAUUCUGACCUGCAGAGCGUCUCCUCGUGUUUGGGAUUAUUUUCAAUUUUCACUAUCCUAAUAAAUUGAAAAAAAAAUCGUACUCAAUUUCUAUUUUCAAUACUCACCAGAAUAUACUAAUAUGGUGGACGACAUUUGGGUCGUCGGGGAUGCGUUUGUUGAUGUCCAGGCGUUUGGGGUUGAGCGUCUCCCCUACAGAUGGGAUGUCGACGUGGAGUGUUCGUCAACCGCUUUGCUUCCCGGGGGUUCCGCCGGAAACACAGCACGGCAGUUGCACUGCCUCUUUUUGCCGGAUGACAAGAAGACAUCAAAAAACAGCAAGACUAAAAGUGCACCUCCAAUCCUGGCACCAAUCGCCGAAGAUUCAAAAGACGAUGCAGCUCCCGAUGCAGCAGCUCCCGUGUCGCCUUCCCCGUCCAGCGGCUCGGAGUCUCCAGCGUCGGCGGGGUCCUCGGGUAAGCCGAAGCCGAAUGCGGUGUUCGGGAGCGUGCGUUUUUUAUCGGCCGUGGGCGACGACACCCUCGGACGGUGGUAUCGGGACCAGCUCGCGAAGGAAGGCCUCGACGUCUCGGGCUUGGUUCUCUUGCCGGCCGUGACAACUUCCACCUGCAUCAUCCUCUCCGGAAACCGAGAUCGCUCCAUGGUGAGCUGUUACUCGAGCACGGAUUUCGAGUGGAAAUCGUCCUCGUUGUACAAAAAGAUGCGCUUCUGGCUGGAGGGAGGUAUGCAAAUCUUUCUGCAAUAUUACACGAUGGCGUAGAUUUAUUGUUCUUCAGGAUAUUCAGUAGAAGUAUACCCUUUUCAUCAUCAUCAUCAUCAUCAUUGAGCUGUGCUUCUUCGUUUUGCUGAAGCACGUUUUUUUGUAGAAGAAAAUCUCGGCGUCGUGUACUACUGCGCACCGCGCAACAAGUGCGACAAAACAUUCGAACAGUCCCCGACUCGCCGAAGCAGUCGGUGUCGUUAGAAGGCUCCUGCACUGCCGCGCGAUACGUACCAAAACACGUGCACAUCGGGGGAUUCUUCAAUCUGCGCGGACUGCAGAUUUCCGAGGAUUUUUUGAAGGCCUUGGCGUCCCUGGGGAAGAGAACCACCAUCUCAGUCGCUCCGCAAUACGACUCCAGUGGGAAGUGGACGGGAUUGAACGAGGCCAUGAUCAAGCUUUUGUGCUUCAGUAGCGGUGAAAAAAUCUUGUUCAGUUACCUAUCGUGCGUGCAAAGAAAGAUGCGUGCGUCCAAGGCGAUGAUUUAAUUGCAGAAAAAGGGAUUGUUCUUGGAAGUUAGUUUUGAAUUGACUUCUGCCACUUUGUUAUUAAUUUCCCUCUUUGUGGUUCAGUUUCUGAGUCUUGUUGUCAUGCUGUUGUACCUAGGCUGUGCACAAGGUAGAGCGAAUCAAGAUUUUGUUUGGAUCUGGGUCGACAUACUUUUCGUGAACCAGAACGAGUACAACGAAUUUGCCAAGAAGGGCUUCUUCAAGAGCAGUUUUUGUCGCCACGGCAUGCUCAUCGUUUUACCAUAUCGUAAAAUCAUGUAGUUCUACGUAAACCUCGCUGAAGAUGAUAACGCUGGGAUGCAUUCGAGCCAUGUCCUGGUUGCAGUAACACUGGUGCAUGAUUCUCUCAAGAAAAGCAAAGCCAGCAUGUUAUUGGUGGGGUUCGUACAACAAAACUUCCUCCCCUCGUGAUACCCGAAGACGCGGGGGGCGAUGGGCUGCGAGAUCGCGGUGAUAAAUCGUGAACCCGGAUACGAGGUGGAGGUGCAGACGCUGGUAUCGGUGCCGGUGCUACCUCCGGUCCAAGGAGACGAUAUGCAUUGCAAAUAUGUCUGGGUCUGGAAGGAUGCAACUCGUGAUGCUGGAUUUGGAUUCUACAACAAAUCUGUAUUGCAUGAACAGCAAGAGAGGUCCAGUUUUUGCCAUGGCGAGAAGGCAUUUCUCAUGCGGUAUAGCCAUCAGGAAGCCCUGAUACAAUUUGUGAUGCUAGGGCAUGCAUCACAGACAUCAGGAGUCAUGCAGGGGGGGGGCGCGCGGACCUCGCUUGCCAUCUCGUUUGGUCUCGCGAAAGUUCCAGUCCCGCACAUCCGAGAUCGGGGGGGUAGGAGGGGGUCUUCAAGCUAGAAAAAAAAUCCCCCAACUUACAGCUACCGCUUCGCUUUGCAAACACCGCAAUCGAGGUAGUGCUGACCUGUUUUGUACCGUAAUACGCAAAUGUCUGACAAUUCAAAAAAAACAAAACUAUUUCAUCUUCUUGUCGCCAUCAUAAGUGCCUUGAGGUGCCGCACACCUCUAUCUCUAGUUUCUUGUUGAUUACUUCUCGCUCGUUCGGUCGCGCAUGUGCGGUGCAGCUCGCUCAGAGUUUUUUGUUUUUCAUGCGACUCUGCAGCCCUCACGCAUAAAUGUUUGCAUGUUUCAAGUCCUUGGACUUUCUUGGGCUCACGCACAUCCGAGAUCGGGGGGGGUGGGAGGGGGUCCUCAAGCCAGAAAAAAAACCCCCCGAGUGGGAAUUGGGAAUUUCAAGGUGCAAAAUGUGCAUGACAAACCUGGCAUCCGUUCAGACCCAGACAUUUUUGCAUCUGAUACACGAGAAAAAAACCCUGGUCAAAGUGGUUGACACAACGGGUGCGGGCGACGCAUUCGCGGCGGGAUUUCUGUACUACUGGUUGCGCAACCGCAGCGGCUUCGACGACUUCCUCCACUUCUUGGAGCUUUGUGCCAAAAGCGGAAAUGAAGUAGCACUCAAGUCCGUCCAAAAACGCGGCGCAUGCGAGCACCCGGUGGCUAAAACGGAGUUGCCGGAAUGGAUCUUCUACUAG